CUUUCCUUUACUCUUCUGUUUCUUAACCUUCUUUGCUAUGCAAUAAGUGGAUACACUCAUUUUAUAUUUUCUUGACAACGAAUAAGAUCAGCAAAACCAGUCUUCAUCCAAGGUUCGUUGUUGUAAACACACUUGCUGUAAAGGUGGUUUCGGGUUGAUGGGUGUGUUGCAAUUCGCCAAACUUCGUAAAUUUUUAUAUGAUGUUGCAUACAUUGAUUGGUAUUUAUCUUUCACCCAAACUUACGUCUUUCUUCUUGCCUCAGUCAUGGCAAACGCAGCAGCGGCAUCAUCUCCAAAGUCACCCACCAAAACCAACAACAACUUUGAAAAUACCGAACAACCGUUUAUGAAGCGAAAGUCUCACACUCGUAUGGGUAGCGCUCCUCCAGAUACAGAAGUGAACUAUCCACAGUCUCCCACUCCAGCUCAGGUGGUGGAGUCAAGAAAUGGCUCAUUAUCCUAUACCAAUUCGUAUCGUAGGCAAUUUCUAUCAUCUUCAGCAUCGUCCAUGACUGGGACAAGUAUCAAGACUGAACUUGAUGGAAGUGUCAUUUUUCAUCCAGAUGAAGAGCAUCCGGGAAAAAUGUAUUGGGAAAGCUUGUUUCAACCUGAUAGGUCAUUUAAUCGUCGCCCACCUCGUCAUCCACGAGGCAUGGGUCUACAAAAAUCCAAUUCUGUCUAUUCGUUUGCAUCGGCCGCUACUAACCCGCAAUUGGGCUCAGCGCUGGCCAUGACGGGUAGCAAUGCAACCGCUGUUCCCCCUCGAACUUCUCCAGAUGUGAAUCGAUACGAUGUCCUGACCAAUAUAAAAGGCUCACACCAUAAUGAAAAACCCAUCGACAAGAAACAAUUUGAGAAACUCAUCAGCCAAGAAAAGGGAUUAAACGAUGAUUCAUACAAUGACAAUGAUUUGAAAGCCAUCUAUACUCAAACAACCCGCUCAAAAUCAUCACCGCCGUCCCUACUGGAAGAAGGCUUGGAUGAUCAUACAGACGUCGACUUGCAAUAUGGAAAAUGGUACUUUUGGGCGGGGUUCAUAUGUCCUCUGUUCUGGGUGAUUGGAGGCACCUAUCCAGCAAGAGGCAGAUCCAACCGUGCGUACCUUACUUGGAGACGGAGAAAUAGGGCUGCCUUCACUGUGUUUAUGACCCUCUUGGUCAUCCUGCUGAUCGUUGGACUGGUCCUCAAGCCAGACGUCUUAGGACUCCGUACAAGCAGUCCCAUUCCGCCAUCCAAUAUUCCAAACCCACCAGAUUCAACUUCUCCACCAUCCGAUCCUAGAAAUCCAAACGCCCCUGUCAAUGCCGCUGACGUUAGUCCAUAACACCUUGGCCUAGUGCAAAUCCAAAUAUUGUAUUUUUCACCGUUUCUUUUUUACACUACCCCCCAGGAACAUAAAAAAAAUCCCUCCAUUGUAAUCAGUGUAGCAACUUUGCUUUACUUUCAUAGUAUGCCCAGUUGAAAGCACUGGAUAGAAAAACAUUCCAUUCAGCCGUUGCAAGGCCACUAAAUAAUAAUUCUUAUUUCAGC